AUGGUGUUUGUUGACCUUGAAAAGGCUUACAACAAAGUCCCAAGAGAGGUGCUGUGGAGAUGUCUGGAAGCUAGAGGUGUUCCUGUGGCAUACAUUAGAGCGAUUAAGGACAUGUAUGAUGGAGCCAAGACCAGGGUGAGGACGGUUGGAGGUGACUCAGAACACUUUCCAGUCACAAUGGGCCUGCACCAAGGGUCCGCGCUUAGCCCGUUUCUGUUUGUUGUGGCAAUGGACGCUCUGACAAGUCACAUUCAAGGAGAGGUACCGUGGUGCAUGUUGUUUGUAGAUGACAUUGUGCUAAUUGACGAGUCGAGGAGCGGUGUUAACGCGAGACUGGAGGUUUGGCGACAGACUCUGGAGUCAAAGGAUUUCAAGUUGAGCAAGACUAAGACAGAGUACUUAGAGUGCAAGUUCAGUGAUGUGAGUCAGGUAGAGGACGAGGACGUGCAGCUGGAUACUCAGCCAGUUAAGAAAGCUCAUGACCAGAAGAUGAAAGUAGCAAAGAUGCGGAUGCUGAGAUGGAUGUGCGGGCAUACCAUGAGAGAUAGGAUUCGGAAUGAAGUGAUUCGGGACAGGGUGGGUAUGGCCCAUGUGGUGGAUAAAAUGCGGGAAGGGAGGUUGAGAUGUUUCGGCCAUGUGCAGCGAAGAUGCGUUGAUGCGCCAGUGGGAAGGUGUGAGAGGAUGGCAGUGGUGGGCCCGAAGAGAGGGAGGGAUAAGGCCAAAGAAGGCCUAGGGAGAGGUGAUUCGACAGGAUAUGGCGCUACUUCAGCUUACCGAGGACAUGACCGUGAUAGGAGGGGUGGAGGUCGAAUAUCAGGGUAG